UCCACUCUAAACCGGAUGCAGAAUGUUUGUGAUGUGCCUGAUCAUAAACAUUUUAUGAUAAAAUUACUCUCUACGUUUUGUAGCCAGCUGAUAAUUUGCUUAAUACUUGAAGACAACCGGUGGCAGCUCCAAUGUCUUGUGCUUUAGCAUCAUAGUGAAUAUAACCGACUGGCUUCUCAAUGAGGUACAGAGGUAAACAGCUCCUACCAUGGUGCCAUGGAACAUCAUGUCUCUACCGUUUCCACAUCACUGGCACGGUUAGAGGGACAGUGUCUUUCAGCAGGGCCUACAGCACACAACAACAACCGCCGCCAUCUUCAAAAGAUGACGGAGCAGACAAACCUGUUGUUCCUAUUCAAGAGCGUGCUGUGGCUACAAUACAGAAUCUGACUGACUUGGGGAAGCAGUGGGGGCAGAAGUCAGUGAGCACUGCCUCAAACACAGUUAACUACUGGUGGGAGAGGUACGAGGAGUUUGUCGGCCUGAAUGAAGUCCGAGAUGCUCAGUCUCAAGUCACAGAGGCAGAGAGGGCCUUCAUGGUGGCCAGAGGCAUGGUGCGUGAGGCCCAUUGCAGUCUGGAGGCCCUACAGGUCAAGCUGAAGGAGGUGAGGGACCGACUGGAUCGGGUCUCACGAGAGGAGGCCCACUACCUUGAGCUGGCCACACUGGAGCACAAGCUGCUGCAGGAGGAGCGUCGCCUGCGGACAGCCUACGAGAAUGCAGAGGGUGCAGAACGAGAGAAGUUUGCCUUAUUCUCAGCUGGUGUGCGUGAGAGCCACGAAAAAGAACGGACUCGGGCGGAGCGCACAAAGAACUGGUCUGUGAUAGGCUCAGUGCUCGGAGCUUUGAUAGGGGUCAUGGGGUCAACCUAUAUCAACAGAGUACGCCUACAGGAGCUGAAGACCUUACUACUGGAGGCUCAGAAAGGACCUGUUAGUCUACAGGAGGCUAUAAAAGUCCAGGCCGGUAUGCAUAAGUCUCAACAACAGGAGCUGAGAGGCCUUAUAGACACUCUGAGGGUAACUCUUCAGCAUAGAGCAGCUCAGGUGAUAGCUGAGAAGGAUGUGAAGAAGCCAGUGUCUGUUCAGGUUCCGGAACCCAUCGUGGUUCCACCCCAGCCUUCUCCAAGUGCCUCCGAGGCAGUUCUGAAAGAGAUAUGGUUCUAUAGUCAGAAAGCACAGAGUCUUCUAGAAGGCAUCCAGCCACAGCUAGGUCAGCUUGAACAGAGUGUUGGGAAGGUGGAAUCAGAACUUCUGGCUGUUCAAAACUUGAUAGAGACUUAUCAUAGGGAAGAAAAGCCGUCAGUAGUUAUAAGUCAGCAAGAUUCCCAGAUGUUUGUUUGCGACACUAAGAGCGUCAUGCAAGGUCUUGACCAGACGGAGAGAAGACUUGAGGCCUCAAUAAGCCAGACUACCAUGUACAACACUGUUCUGGCUUACGGUGCCCUUGCUGUCACUGUUCCUGCGCUGUAUAUCCUCUUUAGAGGUGUUUGACUAAUGUUAUGUACUGUAAGAGUGAUAUUAAUCUUACAGGGUCCAUCUUGAUUUACAAUGAAAUAAUUACAUAUUAAUAUUCUGAUUGCUGUUUGUUUUUACUACAGGCAAAAUGAACCAUGCACUGAUGUUAAAUCAAUACUGUAUAUAUUGAGUGUGAAGCUAAAAUAAUUUGGUUGCAUUAUCUAGAUAAAAAGCAAAUGUAAUACAUUGUCAAAUAUUUGAAUUAGAGUACUGUCUAUUAAAAUGUAAUACAUUGUCAAAUAUUUUGGCAUCUUUUUAAUGGUUGGUGGCAGGGUAGCCUAGUGGUUAGAGCGUUGGACUAGUAACCGGAAGGUUGCAAGUUCAAACCCCCGAGCUGACAAGGUACAAAUCUGUCGUUCUGCCCCUGAACAGGCAGUUAACCCACUGUUCCUAGGCCGUUAUUGAAAAUAAGAAUUUGUUCUUAACUGACUUGCCUGGUUAAAUAAAGGUUAAAAAAAAUAAAAUAAAAACAAAUGUAAAUAGUUCUAAACAUUAGUGCAGAAAUAAUGUAUAAUUCCUGUAAAAAAUGAGCGUAAUAUGUCAUGUGUAUUUCACAAAGAAAAGAUGGCCAGUAUGUGAGAGAACACGGCACAAUUCUGUUUCUCACGUCUUCAGUAAAACAACUGAUAAUCAGCUACCCGGCUUUCUGAGUGAAACAAAUCGAGCGCAUCCUAAGUAUCCUGCUUUACAUUAUAUUGACCUAUCACAGAGUACUCUUUUUGCUCUGACCACUGAUAAUGCUGCUCUUUGGUACCAUUAUUACAUAUUCAUGAUAUUUCGCGCGUUUUGUAUAUCACGUGAUUAUUUCGCGGGAAAAGUAAGUGGUAAAAAAAAAAAAAACUUUUGCGUGGCAGCAGUAGA